AGGCGCUGCUCCCCCCCCACCCCAGACCACACUGUCCUUGCAGUCCUCACAUUCCAGACGUCUCAGCGCUUUCACAGCCCAGAGAUAAUAUUCACGACGAGCAGACGUUUGCGUCAGUGUCAGAUAGAUCUCAAUGCCACCCUGCCCCAGGGGGAGCACAGCGGGCAGACAGGCUGGGCAGGCAGGCUGAAGCCCACGGCAGAGCCCCUCAAGCCACCGGCCUGCUGCACGCCCCACGGUCAUGCUGCUCCUCCUGCACCUGCUGCCUGCCAUGCUGCCCACCGCUGCCCUGGCCAGCUGCACCGGGGCGGGUGCCGACAGGCAGCUCAUCCUGGCCAAGGUGCGGGCUCGAGUGCUGGAGCACCUGAGCCCCCCGCUUCUUCAGGAGGAGCCCCAGAUGGAAGCAAGGAGGGUAUACCGGAGAGACAUCCUUGAAGACAGUGAAGUUGAGCCAGAGGAGCUGGAGGACACCUCCCAGGUGAUCUUAUUCCCUUCCACAGAUGUGCCCUGUGAGCCCACACAGCCGGACAAGUUGCUGGAGGAAGAAGGGAUUUUCAGCUAUCUCUUCCAGCCCUCAGAACACACCCUGAGCCGCAUGGUGACUUCUGCCCAGCUCUGGUUUUACACUGGUCCCUCAGCCACCCCGAACCACUCAGCCCCUGACGUGCUGGCCCUGUCACCACAGGGCCGGGUGCCGGUGACAGCCAUGGCAGAGCAGACACCCGAGCACUGGACAGUGUUUCACUUGGCCCCGAUGCUGCUGCCCCAGCUCUCGCAGCCACUCUUCAUGCUCCUGGUGCGCUGCCCUGGCUGCCCCUGCCUCGCCGAGGGGGACAAGAUGCCCUUCUUGGUGGCCACCACUCGGGCUAAGGGCAGUGAGAGGGCUCGUCGCUCCACUGUGCCCUGGUCCCCAGCUGCACUGAGCCUGCUGCAGCGCCCAUCUGAGGACUUGGCCGCCCACACCAACUGCCGCCGAGCUUCCCUCAACAUCUCCUUCGAGGAACUGGGUUGGGACAAGUGGAUCGUGCAUCCCAGCAGCUUCGUUUUCCACUACUGCCAUGGGAGCUGUGCCGCGGGCCACGGGCUGAGCCACCGGCUGGGCGUGCAGCUCUGCUGCGCUGCCCUGCCCGGCACCAUGCGCUCCCUGCGCGUCCGCACCACGUCCGACGGCGGGUACUCCUUCAAGUAUGAGACAGUGCCCAACAUCCUGGCCCAGGACUGUACCUGUGUCUAGAGCAUCCCACAGCCCAGCCCCAGACUGUGAUCCCACUGAGGAAGAGUUGCUUUCCCAGUGGGACCUUGGCCCCACACUGCAGGGACCAAAGGGACCUGGAGGAGCAUUUUGGGCUGUGCCACCCUUCCCUGCACAAGCCAGAGUUUUGGGCUACCCCAGGUACCAUCACACUGCCAGACCUGCCCUAGGGCAAGUCCAUGCCCAUUGGGACAUGGCAGGGCAGGGCUAGGCACAGCCUCUGGCCAAGGCACCAUUGCCCUGCCAAAGCCAGGCUGCUGUCUGCAACCAGAUUAGCCCCCAUCUCUCUCUACCUGCUCCCCUCCCUCAAUUCUGCCCCUCCCCAAAGACUGGGAUCCCUCUUCUGCUGCAGAACUCAACAGCCUCCCCAUGCUCCAGGCAGGGCCAGACUGCUGCAACAGGAUCAGAAUGUGCUUGGGCAAGCCCUUGACGGGACCUCACACUGGCAGGGCUAGUGGCAUGCAUGGCACUGCAAGUGAGCCCUCUCCCGGCGGCACAGCUUGUUGGAAAGUUUUACAGAAUGAGUGAAAUAAACCUGUUCCCUUUACUAAAGCA